GGCAAUUCUAAAUACGUAGUCGAGUAGAGUGCUGGUACUAAAGAUCAUCCUUCCUCCAACACGCAAUUCCAAUAAUCCGACCCAACACUCUUCAAAAACGUACCUCGGAAUUCGACUGAUACUACAAAACGGCUCAUCUGAACAACACAACACCAUUGCGGGUAGCAAUCCAGGAUGUGCUUCAUAUUUACUUGCGGAGAGACCGGUAAGGUUCCGCCUCCCCUUGCGCUUGCCACUCUCACCCAACUUUGUACGAACGAAACUAACGUAAACUUCUAGAAUUCUCCAAACAACUUCAAGGAUACGAGAACGUCGUCUGCCAAUGUCACAACUGCGUAAGUCCACAUCUCUGCGUUUGCGAUCGUAUCGGAGGAGCCUAUUGGAAAACCAACUGAUGCGAGAAUGCGAUACAGGGCAACUACUCAGCAAAGGUUAUUAAGCGCAACCCCUGGUUCACCUUCUGUUUCAUUCCCGUAAUUCCUCUCAGCAUUCACGGUCACGAAGAUGUCGUUUGCUCCAUCUGCCGAUUCGCACAACCACUUCCAAACCGACAAGAUGUUAUAGCCCAGGCAAAUGGCGGAGGAGGUGGAGGGGUGCCUUUACAGAAUAAUCCCCAAGGAGGACCACCUCAGGGCUGGGGAGGCGGAGGUCCUCAAGAAGGUCAGCCGCCGAAACCGCAGAAUAUGCAGUACGCAUGAGAUGGCGGUUGUGCGGUUUUGAAGGCGCCGCGGAUUUCAUGACGCUCUCGAGCAGGGCUGGGAUGGAAGCGCGAAAGCUGUCUGGAUAAUGGGAUGUAUAG